CCCAUCCCCAACUCUUUAAAGUCCCACCCACACCGACCCAAUUCCACCCCUUCAUCUCCCUCUCCAAACCCUAAUCUAAACCCUCACACCGCCGUCCACGGCGGAGCAUUCAUCCCCACACUCUCACGUCAUGGCGUCAGCCACCGCUUCAUCCGACGUUACCGACGGACCAGUCCUCACUCUAAUCAACAAACGCAUCCGCAACCUGAAGAAAAAACUCAACCGUAUUUCUCAGCUCGAAGACUCCAUCAAUCAAGGUAAAUCCGCCAUCAAAAACAAAGAACAAGAAGAGUUACUCAAAUCCAAACCGUCGAUCGUUGCCGCCGUUGACGAGCUCGAGAAGUUCCGGCAGCCGUUGUCCAUCGCCGUCGAUGAAGAGAUCACUCUCGCCGUCAAGCGGUUUCAAUCCGGAGCGUCUGUUAACAACACGACGGACGUUAGUUCCGGUAACGGAGGUGUAACGGAAACCAUAACUGAAACCCUAGGUAACGGCGGUGAAACUGAAACUGUAACUGUAACCGAUGCUGAAACUGUAACUGAAACCCUAGGUACUGAGGAUGACGUUGUGGUGACGCCAGCUGAGGCGAUUGAGGAUUUGUUGAAGUUGAUUUACUUUGGGAGUAUGUUUGAUGUGAAAAGUCAAAGUGAUUUUAAUUCGAUUAUGUUGACGAAGACUCACGAGAGGAACUGUUGUUUGACUUAUGAUUAUGUGACGGAUGAUGAUAAUGCUGUGAUGUUAGGGGAGAGUGAUUUGGAUUUGAUAUCGAAGAUGUGUAGUUUGUUGGUUUCGAGACCGGUUGAUUCGAGUUUUUCGCAUCAGAAUGCGUUGCAGAGAUGUGUUGAGCAUGCGAAGCUUUGGGUUGCUAAGUCGGAAGAGCGGAUUGAUUCGAAUUCGACGGUUACUUAUGCUUCGUUAAGAGAGAAGUUGACGAAGAUUAUUGGAUCGGAUUAUUUUAAAAUAACGCCGGAGAUGAAAGCGCCUGCAGUUGUUGCUGCUGAAGCUGCUGGAAAUUAUGCUUUCCAGGUCCCUGUGCAGGUGGAAAGCACAGAUGCUCCACAUGAACAAAUGGAAGAUAACUCCACUGAUUUUCAAAGAAACGAGACUCAAGAAAACCAGUCUAUUCCAGUUGAAGUUUCUCCUGAGCAUGAACCAGAAGCCGAAAACUCCAUAGAAACUCAAGUUCACGUGGAACAAGGCGAAGAAAAUGCAGCUGGUACAGAGUACAAGGAACAGUAUGCACCUCGAAGAUCCUAUCACAACCAAAGAGGCGGUGGCCGCAACGGUGGUAGAAGUGGCGGAAGAGGUUAUGGAGGUGGGCGUGGUGGUCGAAGUGGCGGCAGAGGUGGAUUGUACCAGAAUGGACGUAACCAAUACUAUGAGCAACCAGGAAAUUACUACCCAAGUAACCAAAGGAACUAUUAUGGCGGUAGGGGAAGAGGCGGCAGGGGUAAUGGUGGUGGCGGCAAUGGCUACAACCACCACGCUUCUGGAGUUGAAGUUGCAGAAUCUUAACCAUUGGUGAGUGUUUAGGUUUUGCUUAUAUGGAUUUUGGUUGCUCAAUCUUGUUCGGUAUUCGGUGAAAAUUUUAUCUAUCGUUUUACAUGAAAACAUGGAAUCAAUGUGGGACUCGUUUUCUGUUUUCCGAUUAUAAUUAGUUUUUGGUUUUCAUUA